AUUUAAUUAAAAAUGUAGAGAUUAUAAGGUGCCACACUUAGUUUAUGGAGUAGUUUUACCCCAGUUCCUUAGUAUGCAUUUGCUACAUUAAAUCUUAAAUAAUUGAAACAAAGAAUGAAAUCGGUAGGAUCUAUUAGAAAGAUUACAAAAGCGAUGAAGAUGGUUGCUGCUUCAAAAAUGAAAUAAGAUGUUUAAAGACUUGAGAAUGGAAAAUACUUUGGUGUACGUUCGAUUUAAGAUUUAUUUGCUAAUGAAACAUACUUAUAGAAAAAACAAUUAAGUUUCAAAAUAAAUAAGACGUUAAUGGUUCCAAUUACAUCAGAUAAAGGACUUUGUGGUGGCAUCAAUUCAUCAAUAAUUAGAGAAACCCGUUCAAUUGUACGUUAAAAUCGUAAUGCUUAUAAAUUAUUCUUAAUUGGUGAAAAAGUAUAUUAAUAUUAUAAUUACAAUAUUAGUCUCUUGGUGCAUUACAAAGAGCAUUUCCUGAAUUAUUAACUUAAGCUAUAACUGCCAUUAAUACUCCAAUUAAUUUUAUUAAUUCAUCUUCAAUUGCUCAUUAGAUUUAAUUGAAUGUCACAGAAGAUAUUGAUUAAAUUACAAUUAUCUUCAAUUAAUUUAAGAAUGUAGUUUAAUAAGUUGUUAAAAAAGUUGACUUAUUGAAUAGAAAGAAUUUUAUAGCUUAAUUUAGAUUAGUAACAAAAUAUGAUACAGCUGAACCUGAAAAGGAAUUUGUUUAAAAUUAUAUGUAUGAAUAUUAUGUUGCAACUGCAUUCUAUCAUGCUAUGCUUAAUAAUUUUGCUAGUGAAACAUCUUCAAGAAUGAAUGCUAUGGAGAAUGCUUCUAAAAAUGCUGGUGAAAUGCUUGAUAAAUUAACACUUGACUACAAUAAAGUUAGAUAAGCUAAAAUCACUGUUGAAUUAUGUGAAAUUAUUUCAGGGGCCUCAGCUGUCUGAUAUUAAAUCAAAUCAUUUAGAAC